AUGCCUGCCAGCCUCUGUGGAACUUGGGACAUGGUUAGCAAUGUCAACCUCGAGGGCUACAUGAUGGCAUUGGGUAUCAGUGCAUGCGUGAGAAAGAUUGCUGUGAAGCUGAAGCUGAGGAAGGUUAUUGAACAACAAGGAGAUCAAUACAUUGCCAAAACUCUCAGCAUUUUCAAAAAUUACACUGUCUGCUUUGGAGUGGGAGAGGAGUUUGCAGAAUUCACCAAAGGCCUUGAUAACAGACACAUCAAGGCGCUGGUGAAGUGGGAAGGAAAUAAACUGGUUUGUGAACAAAUUGGAGAGAAGAAGAACCGAGGCUGGGCUCACUGGAUUGAAGAAGACAAAUUACAUUUGGAGUUAUACUGUGAAGGAGAAGUCUGCAAGCAAGUUUUCAAGAAAAAUGCAUUGGCUUAA